CGCUGAAAAAAGAGAGAGGGUUUCCGAGUGAAACUGGGGCAUUGAACUUUUGACACACAUAUAACAUGCAUUCUUUUUAUCGAUGCUUCAGACAUUUGACAGCUGUUUCAAAGCACAAUUUGUGUUUUCUGAGUUCUCCGGGAUGUGUUAGAAGCACCGUCCAUGCACGUGAUUACACGUCCGAAGGUGGACAAGUUUAUGGCGACGCAUUUUCCAGAUCGGUAAACAACCCUGCAGAGUUUUGGGCAGAGGCUUCAGAAGACAUUGUGUGGCACAAGAAAUGGACAAAAGUUUUGGACGAUUCGAGCUCUCCGUUUACAAAGUGGUUUGUGGGUGGACAGUUGAACACAUGUUACAAUGCUCUGGACCGCCAUGUGGAUGAAGGAAAUGGAGACCAAGUGGCUAUCAUCUUUGACAGCCCGGUCAGUAAACAGAUGGACAAAAUCACCUACAAGGAACUGCUUCACGAGGUCUCUAGAUUAGCAGGUGUGCUGAGGAAGUAUGGGGUGGAGAGGGGGGACAGGGUCCUGAUCUACAUGCCAAUGAUCCCCCAGGCAAUCAUUGCAAUGCUGGCCACCGCUAGGCUAGGGGCCAUUCACUCUCUGGUGUUCGGGGGAUUCGCGGCCAAGGAACUGGCUGUAAGGAUCGACCACGCUGAGCCAAAGAUUGUGAUCAGUGCUAACUGUGGAGUAGAACCCAACAGAAACGUGUUGUACAAACCGAUGCUGGACGAGGGCUUAGAAAUAGCCACCCAUAAACCUAAACACUGUAUCAUAUACAACAGACCAAUGUUCCCAUUCUGUGUGUUCAAGAAGGGUCGUGACCUUGACUGGAGUAUAGAGGUCGACAUGGCCAAGCCGGUGGACUGUGUCCCUGUCGACUCCAUGGACCCCGCCUACAUACUGUACACCUCAGGGACCACAGGCCUGCCAAAGGCUGUGGUGCGGCCCAGUGGGGGCCAUGCUGUUGUACUAAAGUGGUCUAUGUGGAACAUCUAUGGUCUCAGGCCUAAGGAGGUGUGGUGGUCCGCCUCAGACCUGGGCUGGGUCGUGGGACACUCCUAUAUUUGUUACGGCCCUCUACUGAAUGGGAACACCACCAUAGUGUAUGAGGGUAAACCCGUGGGGACGCCUGACCCUGGGGUCUACUUCCGGAUCCUGAAGGAGCAUGAUGUGGCGGCAAUGUUUGUGGCCCCCACUGCUAUCCGGGCCAUCAGAAGAGAGGAUCCAGAGGCUUCUUAUGCACAGAAAUAUCUUCCAUUGCCAAAGUUUCGUGGGCUCUUUGUGGCGGGGGAGCACUGUGACAAGGAGACCCUGGAGUUUGCCCGGUCAGUGUUGAAGGCUCCCAUACUGGACAACUGGUGGCAAACAGAGACAGGCUGGGCUAUCAGUGCGACGUGUGCAGGACUCGACAUGUCUCUGCUUCCUCCCUCAGGGGCUGCUGGGAAACCUGUCCCAGGCUGGAACGUUCAAGUGUUGAGAAAGGAUCUGACCCAGGCAGCUCCCAAUGAGCUAGGAGACAUUGUGGUCAAGCUUCCUUUACCACCAGGUGCCUUUUCUACUCUUUGGAAGAAUGAAGACAGAUUUAAGAAAACCUAUUUUGAAAGCAAACCAGGGUAUUAUGACACUAUGGAUGCUGGCUACAAGGACAGUGAUGGCUAUGUGUACGUCAUGGCAAGGAGUGAUGAUGUCAUCAAUGUGGCGGGACACAGACUUUCCACGGGAGCCAUUGAAGAGGCAAUCAUGACCAGUGAGGAUAUAGCUGAAGUUGCAGUUGUAGGGAUCCCUGACACCCUCAAGGGCCAGAUACCCCUGGGGCUGUGUGUCCUAAAGCAUGGUGUCUCUAAGUCAGCUGAGGAGGUUUUGAACCACGUUAGAGAUGUUGUGAGGAAGGAGAUUGGACCAGUGGCAGCUUUCAAGUUAGCUGUCAUUGUCCCAAAGCUCCCGAAAACUCGGGCUGGGAAGAUCGCCCGUAACACUGUAGCCCUAAUGGCUGCUGGACAGCCAUUUAAAAUUCCAGUGACUAUCGAGGAUGCUUCAGUUUACCCACACAUCAGGGAUUCUUUACAACAGAUUGGUUAUGCCAAAGAAUACCAGCCUCAAUAGAGGAUGCAGAGGUUUAUCCUCAGCUAGAGGAGGUUUUGAAAGAAGCAGGAUUCACUGUAGGUAAACCAGUAUAAACACAAUUUCAUUAUUAGACGGCGUGCAUCGAGGCCGUCCAAUUCAUGGUCAAUCCAAUAAUAAAGGAAAACUGCGGACAGUGAUGACCAGUUUCCUCCAAAAAGGGUACCUGUUUGUAGGUUCCAUGACUUAAUUGUAUAGGAUUCCAAUGAGGAGUAAAAAUAUGACAGCUGUGGGUUGGUGAUACAUGUAUACACACUGUUACAGAAAGUGCUAUAUUUACCAUUAUGUAAAAGUUGUUGAUAUUGUUUAAUUUUGAAUAUUGAGAAGACUUCAUUGUGUAUAGAGAGUAAUGAUUAUGUCCCUUGUUCUGGAGAGUUGUGUGUUAAACACCUUCAUUAGUCGGCUGUGAUUGUGAGCCUGCUUGUAUAGAUUUGCUUGUUUAUUAAUCACUAUUUCUAUUCACUGCUUGUUAGUACAAUAUUUUGAUAUGGUUGUACAUGUAUAUGAUGGCUUCUUGGUGAUAUAUAUAUAUACACUCUGUAUGUACAGACCAUUUGAUUGCAGGGAAUUAUUGUCUUACAUUGACCUGUUUUAUUUUAACUUAAUUGUCACAUUUACUCACACAAUCCCUGGAACAUUUUCAUUUGAUAAGAUAAAUUAUUUGGAUUUGUAUAGGAUCAUAUUAGAUUUGAAUUGUUGAUUUUCAUAUUUUGUUAUUGAUUCUUUAUUGGCAUUAGACCAAAUACAUGUAUAUAUGUACAUGUAACUAAAGGUUCCACAUGCAAUUCUUACAAACAGCCGUUGUGUUAACUCUUUUUGUGUUUGCAAGUUCUUCAGCAAUUGCUGACCACUGAGAUUUCUAAUUUUCAUUAAU